AUUGCAAUCUUUGCAGCUGGAGAGGGGGGGAGGGGUGUGGUUAAGUACAAAGCUUCAUGUGGCUUUGUUUCUACUACUUCCUAUCAUCUUCUGCGUGUGUGCGAGAAAGCGUAUAUGUGUGUGUGUCUGAACCAAAUAAGGGGGUGCUUUCACAUCGAACUUUUUUUUUUCUACUUUGGUGUCAGGUGCUUUUUAACAAGCCGGCACUUUCAGUUUUUGUUAAAGCCGCUCGCUCUCUCCCAGGUCUGAUGACUACCUUGCCCACUAGUUUGGAGAUGCAGGCGUCCAGUCUGGACCCUCAGUUCAUCCUGGGGCCCCAGCAGGCUAAGAUACCCGGCCGGAGGAGAGGGCGGCCCCCCAUUCGUAAGCUGGAGUUCCAGAGCGACUUCAUCGAUACUUUCUCAGCCCUCAAGGUCCCCAAAAAAAGAGGAAGGAAACCCGGCUUUAAGCUGAAGCCCAGGAUGGUGAGGUCCCCACUUACUCCCUCUGCUCCCAGCAGCACACCAGAACCUGAGAUGGGCUCCAUCCCACAGGAUGCUGCCAUUGUCCCACACUCAGCCACGGCACAGGUUCCGACAGACACACUCUUGCCUGAUGACUUCACCUGCGAGCCUCCUGUGGACUCCAAGCGCUACGCCAUAGAUCCCAGUGACUCCGCCUUCAACGUCACGGCGUCACAGUACCAAAGCAAGCGCUCGUACGGUUACCGCAGCAGCAGCUGCUCUACUCCCGCAGGCGUGCUGAGACAAAUGUCGAGCCCGGCGACUUUCCAGGAUGGCAACAGAAACGCCUGCGGUCUGAUGUCAGACACCAGAGAGGGCAAACGACCUGCUGGUAAAGACCCCUCCUGCUGGGGUGUAGAGGAUGUGGUUUGGUUCAUCAAAGAGGCUGACCCGCAGGCCCUGGGGCCCCACGCAGAGGCAUUCAGAAAACAUGAAAUAGACGGAGACGCCCUGCUGUUGCUGAAAAGUGAGAUGAUGAUGAAGUACCUGGGACUGAAGCUGGGACCUGCGCUCAAACUCUGUUACCACAUCGACAGACUCAGACAGAGCCGGUCAUGAUGAGCUGCCGGGAAAAUAACCCGGAAUCUCUACGUCUUCUGAGCCGUUUUUUAUUCAAACUUUACAGAGUUAGCGACAUUCGCUGCAUCUCAACCACAAUUCGUUGACCGAUUUGACAUUUUAUAAGCACAUAUAAGGACUAUUUACAGCUGACGCUGAUAUUUUAUUUUCACCUUUGUUCCUCCGAGGGGCUUCAGAUUAUGAGUGAUUUGUCUGCCCACACAUGGCAGCUACUGUAUAUUAAGACACGACAUGUCCGCAGCAAUAAUUUGAGCAAACCACAAUUAUAGCCACACAUAACUGUGGUGCUUUACCUCACGAUCAUAUUUACAAUAGUGCUAAGUUUUAUUUCUGCUGCUUGUUAUGAAAUGCAAUUUUUUUACUUUAGGUUUCAUCCCUGGACACAAACUGCUACAACCAAUUUCAAGCUUUUCUUUUUGGAUUAUUAUUAUUUUAUUGUUGCUUUGAUUUUGAUUAGUCUUUUCACGACUCUUUACUAAUUCUUAAACAUUACUGCAGUUUUACCGCGCUAAGACACAGGUUGAUUACCUCACAAAUGUUUCUUCAUUCACGAGCUAAUCUGUGCUGAAUACGUCUUUAGACAAUUCACUUUUAAUAGCUUCACUUUCAUAGUCAAAGCCUUAAAAACGGUUACUUUAGAACAGUGGUUCUCAAAAACAAAGAAGUUUCUGGAGAAAAAAAAACAACAGAGAGAAAAACACCAUUGCUCCACCACCUAAGCGCAACAGUUUGAGAACUACUGCUGUAGAAUAACAUGAACUUUUUGUUACCACAGACCACAGAGCAGCACAAUAGUGCAGUGAAUAGAUGUGUCACUAAUCCCACGGCGCUCACAAACAGGAAGUAGAAAAGACACUGAUAAGCUGAUCACUUUGCAAAAGUAUCUGAUUCACUUGAGGUAGUAACAAUGAAACUUGUAGAAGUCGGUGCUGCUGUCACUACAAUUAAAGGGAUAGACCAGACAGUUUGACAUGGAUGUUCUGUGGUUUGUAUACAGUAUACAUAUAUAAAUAUUAGGGGUGCAACAAUACAUGUACCCGUAUCAAACCAUAUCGAACCAUAU